UCCGGCAGCUUCUCGGCCGAUUCGGAGCAGGAGAAGGAGGAAUGGGUGGAAGCUAUGCGGCAGUCCAUCGCCGAGGCUCUCUCCAACUCGGAGGUGGCCGAGAGGAUUUGGGCGGUGGAGUCCAACCGCUUCUGCGCCGACUGCGGUUCCCCCAAACCCGACUGGGCCUCCAUCAACCUCUGCGUCGUCAUCUGCAAGAGAUGCGCCGGAGAGCACCGGGGUUUGGGUCCCGGCAUCACCAAAGUCCGGAGCCUGAAGAUGGACAGGAAGGUGUGGACGGAGGAACUCAUCGAGGUAUUGCCGCAGACCGACCCCGAAAACCUUUUUGGGGUCCCCUCCCCGUGGUGGCCCCACCCGUCUGCCCCCCAACCCGUUGGCGUUCACUCUCCCCUUUUCUCCCGCAGCAUCGAGAGCACCUUCGAGCUCUACACCGAGUCGGAGAGGCUCUACCUUUUUGGGCUGGAGAGCCCCGAUUCUGCUCGGGAAUGGGUCAAGUGCAUUGCCAAGUCCUUCAUCCAUCCCGGCGCCGAGGAGCUGCUGGCUCUGGACUUUGAGCGCAUAGGCCGGUUGCACUACAAAGGUGGCCUCAACCUGGAGCGCGCCAAGGAGGGCUGGUUCGCCCUGGCCGGCUCUGCGCUCCAUGUCUCCUGCCGGGACGGCGAGCAGCAGGACCCGCUCCAGCUGCGCAAGCUGCAGGAGCUCUCCAUCCAGGGGGACAACGAGGUGCUGGUGCUGGUGGAGCGGCGGAGGACGCUGUACAUCCAGGGGGAGAGGAAACUGGAUUUCCUGGGGUGGGUCCACGCCAUCCAGAAGGCUGCGGGCAGCGGGGGGGACACCUUGUCGGAGCAGCAGCUGACGGAGUCGGACGUGCCGCUGCUGGUGGACCGCUGCAUCGACUACAUCACCCAGUGCGGGCUGACGUCGGAGGGCAUCUACCGCAAGAGUGGGCAAAACUCCAAGACCACCAACCUGCUGGAGAUGCUGCGCCGGGACGCCCGCAGCGUCCGCUUGAAGGAGGGCGAGCACCAAGUGGACGACGUCGCCAACACCCUCAAACGCUUCUUUCGCGACCUUGGGGAUGGGCUCUUCACCGCCCGGUGGGGACCGGACUGGCUGCGGGCAACGGCGCUGGAGGACGAGGAGGCAAAGAUCGACGAGUACCGGCGGCUCCUGAGCACCCUCCCCACGGUGAAUCGGGCCACGCUGAAGGCGCUCAUCAACCACCUCUUUCGGGUCCAGCGCUUCUCUGGGGAGAACCAGAUGAACACGCACAACCUGGCCAUCGUCUUCGGCCCUAAGCUCUUCCAGACGGACGGGAAGGACUACAAGGCGGGACGCGUGGUGGAGGACCUCAUCAGCCACUACGUGAAGAUCUUCAAUGUCAACGAACAAGAGAUGAAGAAGCAGCAGGAUGAGAUCAUGGCCAUCAUGAAGAUGCGGGAGGCAGCGUCCAGUGGGAAGCAGCAAGCCGGGGACUUCAUCUGCACUGUCUACCUGGAGGAGAAGAAGACGGAGGCAGAACAGCACGUCAAGAUCCCGGCCACGAUGACAGCCGAGGAGCUCACCUUUGAGAUCCUGGACCGGAGGAAAAUCGUCAUGAAGGAGAAGGACUAUUGGAGCUGCUUUGAAGUGAACGAGAGGGAGGAGGCAGAACGGCCUUUGCACUACUCGGAAAAGGUCCUGCCCAUUCUGCACGGCCUGGGGACGGAGAGCUACCUGGUGGUGAAGAAGCAGAUGUCCAUGGAGAACAUGCUCAUCUACCUCG